AAAAAGAAAAGAAAAAAAAAACAUUGAAGCUUACGGCGAUGGGGAGCGAAGAAGAGAGAGGUCUAGAGCAGCAGCUAGAGCUACAGUUAGAGGAACAGAGAGAUUCAAUUGCUGCGUUGAAUGAAGCUCUCGCUUCUGACCCCUCAAAUCUCGAGCUUCUCUCUGUUCAAGAGGAGCUUGUUCAGGCUGUUAAAGAGGCAGAGGAUGGACUUUUGCAUUUAAAGCGCGCACGCUUAUUACGACAAGUUGAUUCCUCUCUAUGUGAUUCUAAGAAUACUAUUACUGGUAACAAUGUCAAGAUAGAGCCUCUUGAUCCAAAUGAUGUUGAACCUGAACCAGAACCAGAACCAGAACCAGAACCAGAACCAGAACCUUUGGAGGAGCAAAGUUACAACGUUGGAUCAAAGUGUAGGUUCCGUCAUAGCGAUGGACGUUGGUAUAAUGGUAAAAUUAUUGAGUUGGACGGUUCUGGUGCAGCAAAGAUCUCUUUCCUCACUCCUACAUCAGAAAAUAUGUUGAUGUGCAAGUUUUUUCUGCAACAACGAUGUCGAUUUGGUACUAACUGCCGCUUAUCUCAUGGAUUUGAUGUGCCGUUAUCUUUUCUGAAGACUUACGUUCCAACAACAUGGAAUCCGUUAUUGGUUGGGUCCUGUAUUUUGGCAACUUCAGAUAGUAACGCUGGCGUGUGGAGGGAGGCUGAACUUGAAUCAUGGGAUGAUAAACUCAGAGUAGGGAAGGUUGUUUUUCGUGAUGAUGGAAGCUCAGCAAAGCUUGAGAGUGAAUCGAUGACUUUGUCUGAGCAUGCUUUAGUGAGUGAUGGAGAAGAAAGUGAUUCAAGAUCAGAACAAUAUGAUUCUAGUGAUUAUGAAGAAGAGAUUGCAGAGGGUUUAGGAUUUCUCGACAGCAGCGCACUACAAAGAGGCAUACAAACAGAAACUGCCAUAUUUGCGAAGUGGGAGAAUCACACCCGAGGUAUAGCUUCAAAGAUGAUGGCAAACAUGGGCUAUCGUGAUGGGAUGGGAUUAGGUGCAUCUGGGCAAGGAAUGUUGAAUCCCAUUUCUGUGAAGGUUCUCCCGGCAAAGCAAUCACUCGAUCAUGCAUUGCAAUCUCAGAGAGAAGAAGGAACGAAAGAAAAUCACCUGAAGAAAAGAAGCAGAGGCGGGAAGAGAAAACGCGACAAGAAGAUAGCUGCAUUGGCUAAAGUAGCCGAAGAAGAAGAAGAGGAAGCAGCUCCAGAUGUUUUUAGUCUCAUCAAUGUUCAACUGGCAAAGCAUAAUGAAGCUCUAAAUGGUGGGUCGUCUAAGAAGCAUAAUUCAGGAGAGAAGAAAGUCGACAGACGAGUACUCAUAGCUUACGAAGAUGAGGCGAAGGAACUGAGAUUGCGAGUCGAAAAGCUGGAAGAAAUGGCAAGCAGAAACAAGAAGGAGAAGGUGGUUUACGAUGCUGCAAUGAGGAAGUUGAAUGAAACUCGCAAAGCUUUAGCAGAAGUUGAGGCAGCUCAAGCUUCUGCAUCAAAUGCAGUUGUCAGCAAAGAAAAAGAGAAGAAAUGGCUCAAGUUUUGACAUAUAUUAUCAUCUUUGAAUCUGUUAUGUAAUCCAUAAUUAUUUAGUGUAUAUUAAAAAAAAAAACUGGUCAAAUAUUGGUCAUUGUUUUUGCAGAGGCCUCAUUGAACUUGAUUAUCAUUUAAAUUAUUAAAAUUACAAAUCAUAAUAUUCAUUUAUAA